AAUGUAUUAUGAUAAAUAAAAAGAACAUAUAAAAGAGAUAAAUGAAUUAAAUAUUGGAAUUGCAUCUUCUAAAUUUUGGAAUAAUUUUUGGAGAUGGUAUGAUUUUAAAAAUUAUCUUUAAGCAAUUAUGACAUUUGCUAUUUUAUCAACUAUGAUUACUUUAAGUUUUGUUUAAAGUCAUUUAUUUGUAUAAUCUUUAGGCUUAAUUAGUGCAUUAAUUGAAGCUACACUUGGAUUUCCAUAAGCUAUUUAAAACUUUAGAAAUAAAAAUGCUUGUGGAAUCAGCUAUGGAUUAAUAGGGUCAUGGUUUUUGGGUGAUUUUUUCAAAACUUUUUAUUUUAUUUAUACUGAAGCUCCUUUUUAAUUCCUUAUUUGUGGAAUUACUUAAUUAACUGUUGAUAUUUUUAUCAUUGGCUAAAUAUAGUUUUAUAAUAAUAAACCUUAAAUUUUAAUAAAAUGA